UUGGAAAUGAUGAGCACAUAGAAAAUAAAAAUUCUGGUAUAGAAUUUCGGUGUGAAAUAUCAACUACUUCGUUAGAAAGUGAACCUCACGAACUUGGAAAAGCAAUUGCUGAAAUAGUAGGAUCAGCUGAUGGAUAUUACUAUAU